CAUCGGUCUACAGCUUUUUAUGAAUGAUACCUUCGAUAACUACAACGAAAUACAAUGUAUAGCCAAUUUAUAGUGCUAUUAAUACUGCUAUGAUCAUCUCCUCUUCAAGCCGCGCAAAUGGCCGCCAGUUUCGGGGAGAAAUUGCUUGGGGAGGUGAUUGAAGCGAGACUGGAUGAGAUUCUACAUGAUCUAAGAAAUAUAUGUCCUGAUGAAACUAGCAGCCGUCUAGGCGUCAGAGCUCUAGAUAAUCUGCUGGAAGUCUUCAUGCCCGUCCCUGCUCCUCAGCAACACCCAGAUGAGAAUUCGAAUUUACAACCAGAAGACAGAGCACAUCAUGGAGUCAGGGCUCGUCCAGACCCGGUGGUCGAGAUCUCAAGUACCUCGUCGGCGGCUGGAAAGUCCCAGCUACUGUAUCAUCUCACGGCCAUUGCUGUUUUGCCGGCGAUGAUUGAUAAUAUCCAGAUCGGUGGACGGAAUGCUGCUGUUGUCUUUAUUGAUACGGAUGGGCGAUUUGACGCGGAUCGUCUGCUUGCUGUUGCCCGGGGUAUCAUUCAACAGAGACUAAAGCAGCAGAUGGUAGAGCAGCUUGACAUCGAAACCACUCUCCUCACAUCGCUUCAACACAUCCACGUCUUCCGCCCUACCUCCUCAGCAUCUCUUCUUGCAACCAUACACUCCCUAGAAUCCUACCUCUUCGACAUCUCCCGUCACAUCUCCACAAAAAGAUCCCUCCACGCAAUCCUUAUCGACAGUGCAACAUCCUUCUUUUGGCAAGAUAAACUCCGCGACCAAAUCGCCCGGAUCGAAGAGAUUGGCCGUCCGCACGCUGAGAUCGAACAUGACCGCAGACUGAAACAGAGUUUCUAUAUUGCUGAUAUGUACGCCGAGCUUGUGAGGGCGUUGAAAAAGGUACAGAGCGUGUUUGGGUGCGCGGUUGUGUAUACGACUACAGUUUGGGUUGGGAGGGCUGCAUCCGUGUCUGGUGAGGAGUUGGUGGCGUUUCGGUGCUCGUUGCCGCCGCCUUGGGGACUGUUUCCUACGUUGAGGAUUGUUGUAAGGGCGAACGGGCAGGGGAGCUUUUUGGGUUGUGUGAAUGGGUUGGGGAGGGAGGAGUGGCCGAGGAGAGUGGUUGAGGGGUUGGAGGGACGGAGUAGAGGGACGUUCGUGUUUGGUGUGGAUAGAGAUGGUGUGUAUGUCUGAUGAGUAUCUAACUGUACAACUUUCCAAUGGCCUCCACGGUUGUGUUUCCACCACUGAAUACAAUUCCAAUAUCCCAUCCCUCCUCUCCAGCUUCCGUGACAACCCGUCGUCGGAAAUCCUCGUUAUACAA